CGCUAUUUCUUGGUGCCGGCUCCUAAACAAUUCGCAAACUUACUCGAGGGUUUUGUACUCUUGGAAAGAAAUUAACACCUGCAAACCCAAGCUAUACCUCUUCUUUUGCGGCCGGGAUUGUAUACAGCGCACUCACCCGAUAGGGUACACCGCACAAAAUGAACUCCCUCUUCAAUUCCGCCCUCAAGCAGUCAUCUGCUAUCCGCCGUGACCUGGACACAUUCUCCCAAUCGCCAGCUACCUCAUCUGCCGCACUACAAGGACAAAUCGCUGCUUCGUUAGCAUCGCUAUCACGCACCGUUGACGACUACUCUGCUCUGUCCAAGAAGGAAUUGAUCCCGGAGAAGCAAGAGAAGGCAUUCGAACGAGUCAAGAAUUUCCGAUCCGAACUGGCAGAUUACCGGCAACAUUUUGAUCGACUACGGAAAGAACGGGAGGAAGCUCAAUCCGUCACCAACCGCAACGAGCUCCUCGGUCGACGCCCUCAUCACACAGCUACACCGGAGAAUCCAUAUGCCCAAUCAUCCCUCCCUCAGUCCUCUGCGUUCGCUCCUUCCUCAUCACGAUCGGGACUCAGCUUUGGAGCUUCGCCGGCCGACUACAACCGGGAAACACAUGCACUUCGCGAACAAAGCUUCCUAGCGAGCACCAACACCCAGAUAGACGAGUUUCUUGAUCGGGGUCGUGCUGUGCUUGCAGAUUUGGGACAGCAGCGUGAAGUGCUGAAAGGCACGCAGCGGCGACUCUACAGCGUUGCGAACACACUGGGCGUCAGCGGCGACACAAUCCGCAGGGUUGAGCGUCGCGCAAGACAAGACAAGUGGAUCUUCUGGGGCGGAGUGUUGCUCUUCUUCCUGUUCUGCUGGGCUGUCCUGCACUUCUUGCGAUAGUUGUGGUACAUAUUUCUUUUCGUUCCCCUUUAUAUUGUUUUUUUGCUUUUACCCCUUACCUUUCUGGGAAUAUUGUGUUUUUGGUGCUUGGGUUGUUUUACAAGCGCAGGCGUUUGGAGCGCAUUGGCAGGGGGACUUAUUGCGCAUUAUUGUAUGUACUUGAGUGUGUGGAUGUGGUGAUGGCUAGUAGUCUAUACGUAGUCCCUGUAGCAGGACUGAUUAGAUUCGCUGUCCC